UAAUAAGCGCCAAAAUUGAAAAGUUGCAGUAGAAAAAGGUAAGCAAACGGCUCGUUGGUUGACGUUAAUGCUAUAAUUAAUUUACUUUUUGUAACAUUUCAGACGUUUUUAUCAGAAAAUGGUUCCAACGGUUCAGUUCUUUGCCAAGCUGAAGAAGCUGGCGGUUACUUUAGAGUCAGAAACGUUCAAACUCCAGCACGACUUUGAAAACCGAAACAACAACGACGACGACUACGAUGACAGCGAAACUACAGCCAGAGCAAUGAAAGCUUAUCACCAUCUGAACUGUGACGUCGGAAACCUAAAGGGGCAGAUCCAGGGUCAGGUUGCUCAGCUUAAAGCCCAGGAGAAUGAUGUGGGCAGCUUUAUUAAGGCCAGCAGAGUGAUGCAGCAAAGAGUCACUAAAGACAUCCAGGUACUUAAGGGACACUGGGAGAAAUACGGUUACCAAGCUCCAGGAAACACACAGAGACCAAGCCACGCUAACGGACAGCAGUCAGAGGCUGCAGGUGAAGAAUCAGAGGGAAAUGAAGCAGUAGAAGAAGGGGAAAGCCAGGAGGAGGCUGGAGGAAGUCCCUCCUCAUCACCGCAGAGGGCCAAACCACCGGCCUCUUCUGACGUUACACAUACACCACAGUUGUCGGACUUCGGCCUCUCUGAGGUGCAGCUGAAGAAAACUUUGGCUGCGGCGGAGUGGAGCAUGAAAGUGCCUGAGUUGAGCCUGCCUCCCCCCUUACUCUACACACCUGCAUCGCCCCCAAUGCUCUUUACCCCCAAAUGUGCCCUGCGGAUGGAUGAUGAAGAUCUGCAGACGCCUCAGCUGUCUGACUUUGGCAUCACAGAGCACACCAUGUGUAUGAACAACGACUUCACUAUGGAUCUGUUCAAGAAAAACGUUGAAAAGCCCCAAAGACCAUCAGAAGACCUCCCUACACCCCCAAUGAACACUUUAAUGGAGCGUUCGGACACACAAGCACAGAACCUGCGGUCCCCAGAGCCUCCUGAUUUUCGCACACCGGGGCUCAAGAUCGAAAAGACGAACGGUGACUUCCCCCAGUACACUCUCCCAGAAUCCCCUUGUGGCCUUGGACACCUGCCUAAUACUCCAGAGGUCCCAGCAUUUCAAACUCCAUAUGUGAACCGCCUGCUCAGCACUAAAAAGAGUGCAUGGCAGCCUGGGAACUCCGAUGAGGAUUCCCGCCUCUUUGAACUUCCAUCGCCUAGUAACGGAGCAACCGGAUCCAAGCGGCCCUGGGAAUACGACGUGCCGGAGAUAAGCAUCAUGGGUGUGGAGGACAGGGAGAUGCCAGAGAUGCCAAACCUGGAGUCUACUUUGGGAAGUUCCCUACAGAAUAAAAGUGCGAAAAUGCCAAGGAACACUUUGGAGUGUAAAAAGGAGCGCACUGACAACAGUCUGGAUCUGGACGGCCCCACCCAGAAUUUUACCCUUGGGACCCCUCAACUCAGGAUGGACUACGAUGAUCCCAGCACCCCGGAGAUGCCUGACCUGAGCUCUGUGACUCAGGACAUCUGUAAAGUCGUGUCCCAGGUGCAGUUGAAUAGCCCUACAGUGGCUGUUGUGCACCCACGUGUCAGGACAAACAUAUAUAAAAACAGAGCUGUGAGUCUGUCUGCGGUGUCGGAGAGUGAGUUCCAGAGUUUACCAAAGUACCUGAGGCAGAUUACUCUGCACAACCUCAACCAGGUGGUGCAAAACAUCAACACAUUCACAGCAGAGAGUGAAGGAGAACACACAGAGUUUCAGAUGGAGGAGCUGAGGAGGAUUUGCAUGGUUGGAAUAAAGACCCCCAUAUUCAUCCUCUGUCUGACGGAGCUCAAGAGACUGGAGCACAUUGAAGGAGCCGGGAACACCUCUGUGUACAAACUGUGCGCACAACACUAAAGGGCGCUUGGACACAUCAAACUGUCCAAAUUGGAGCAAAAAUGUAGAGACAUCCAAGUUGCAUUUAUCUUUAAGCUGAUUUGGAUGGGUUUUGAUCAAAAUACAGUAUAUUGCAACCUCAAAACUUCCCGAGACUAAUUAACUUUACCAGAGAAAGCACACUGAAUAGCUUCUGUAUCAAGGUUGUAAAAAGUUCUGAUUGAUGUCUUUAAUAAUAUGCACGUCUGUGGUUUUGAUAUAGAUUUAAACUUUGUACAUAUAAUAAAGAUGCACCCUAUUAAUCUCUUAUGAA